AUUUUCUGUUUUUAUUUAUGACAACAUGUGUGAAAAUUUCAAAUAUGACACCUAACAAAAUUUGAGUUUCGUUUAACCUAGCAAAAUUUGCAAUUGACAUUUUAAUUCAAGGACGUUGCUCGCUGAGAGUAGGGUUAUCGUGAAAUGGGUUGGAAAGCAGCUGAGAAGCUCAUUAGGCAUUGGAAAGUUGUGAGAGGGGAUAAUGUAAUGAUUAUAAGGGGCAAAGAUAAGGGCGAGACCGGGGUUAUUAAGCGUGUUGUUCGAUCUCAGAAUCGUGUCAUUGUUGAAGGCAAAAAUCUGGUAAAGAAGCAUAUCAAGCAAGGGCAAGGUCAUGAAGGGGGUAUCUUUACAGUUGAAGCCCCACUUCAUGCCUCCAAUGUGCAAGUUCUUGAUCCAGUCACAGGGAAGCCUUGCAAGGUUGGAACUAAGUAUCUUGAAGAUGGUACCAAAGUCAGAGUGUCCAGGGGAAUAGGAGCUUCCGGCUCCAUUAUUCCUCGUCCUGAGAUCUUAAAGAUAAGAACUACACCAAGACCUUCCAUCGCUGGUCCCAAAGAUACUCCAAUGGAGCAUGUGUAUGAGAAGACAUACGAUGCUAAAACAGGAAGGGGCAUGCCUGAACUUUAAGUAAGGAGAUAGAUCAAUUCAGUACCAUAUCUAGUUAGAUAUUUGUUAUCUCAAUGAGCAUGGUAUGGUAUCAAUUUUGUCACAUCAUGGAUCGGUUUAAUAAAUCUCAUUCAGAUUUAUGUGGGAGUUACCAAUCACUUGUUCUUUUACUUAAUAUAUUACAUCAAUAAUAGCUAGCAAAAUAUUGAUAUUUUGUUGUUGUCUCUUCUCAAUUUAUUCUAGUUUCCUAGGGCUAAUGAUGGUCAUUUCACUCUGAACUUGUAAAUUCUUAAAAUGAGUAAGAAAUUAUGCUUAUACUUGAUAACAACUUUUUGUGGCUCUAGUAAUUUUUAUAUGAUGUGGAG